AGACCAACAAAUCAAUGAAGGCCAUCAACUGAUGCAUAGUGCAUAGUGGAAGGAGAAAAAAAACAAGAGUUGUGAGUGUGAUUAUCACUGAUAAUCCGACACAUAAUAGAGAACACUGCGAGUGUAGGAAAAUUGGUAUUACAUUUCCUGACCGUGACCCAUCUCCCCAUUAUAAUUAAUCUUCGCUCAAUUUGCUUCCACCAUCCAUCCAUCUCUAACUAACUAGUAAACUGAAACCCCUCAAAAUUGAGGAUUCGUUUCAUUAAUUCUUGGACUAAUUGAGGAUGGCGGACGGUGAUAACAACAACGCCAAGGAGGCUACAAAGUCCGAGCAGCAGGAUGAAUUCCUCUUGAGGGAGGAGGCUCGUCGCGUAGGAGAGGCAACGGUGGACGAGGUUUUGGAGAGCGCCACAUCCUCCGUGGAAGCCAUGGUGGGGGAACAAGCAGCCGCCCUAAAGGAGCACGACGCCCUGGAGGAAGAGACGACUGAGGCUGCCAGGCUGGAAUCUGAAUUGGCCAAGGAGUUGGAGGAGAAUGGAGGGUGGGUCAAAAUCCUAGGAAAUGAGGAGCUUAUGAAGAAGGUGAUACGACCUGGCCAGCCUAACCAGAACCCCUUACGUGGGGAUAUGUGUGAAAUUCGCGUGGAGGGUAGACUUGCAUCUGAUGACAGUGUAGUGUUUCAAAACAUGGAAACUCUUCAUAUUCAGCUGGGUGACGCAGAGGUCGUUCCUGGUCUCGAUUUAGCCAUUCCACUCAUGACCCGUGGGGAAGUGGCCACUAUAAAAGUAUCACAACGGUUCGGGUUUGGUGCAAAAGGUCUUCCGCCCAAUGUUCCUGGAGCGGCGGAUCUCGUCUACUCUGUGGAAUUAGUCCAUUCCGAGCCAGAAAAGGAACUUGGUGAACUGUCUGUGAAGGAACGAAGGGCAAUCGGAAAUCGAAAAAAAACUCGAGGCAACUUUUGGUACACAAGGGGUGAGGCUAGUCUCGCCGUCAACUGUUAUAGACGUGCUCUCGAAUUCUUGGACGAGGUUGAAGGUGGCAUUCAGUUCCCAACGAGCAGUGAUGGGAAACAAGAGGAAGUCACUCCAGAACUAAGACAACUGUUUGAUGAUCGUCUCACUGCGCUCAAUAAUUUGGCGAUGGCUCAACUCAAAUUGCAAUCUUAUGAACCUGCCCUCACUUCUGUGGAAGCUGUGCUCAAGUGCCAACCCAACAAUGUCAAGGCCUUAUUUCGGAAGGGAAAGAUUCUUGGUGAAAAGGGUGAGACUGAGAAGGCCCUAGCAGCCCUUAACAAGGCCAGAUUGCUAGAACCGAGUGAUGCUAGUAUUGGCGUGGAAAUUGGAAAACUUAUGCAUCGCAGGAAAGGCGAGCUUCAAAAUGAAAAGCAACUAUACAAACGGAUGUUUAACAAGGAUGCCUCCAAAUCUGAAGACUCUUCCUCCUCAUCAUCAUCUAGGAAAAAUGAGGAUACGUCAUCCAAGGCGAAAUUCCUGACCUUGGGAUUGCUUCUUAGCGGUACAGCAAUAGCGGUUGCAGGUAUGAUGGCUUACCGUUAUAACCAUCGCUUCGUUUGAUUUGUUAUUCGCCAAAAAAUAACUAGAAAAGUUCCGCAUCCACUAGAAAGCGCUAGAUAUCCUAUUUUGUCAAACCAAAUAAUUCUAUUUCAUCUUGUCUUUGUAGCAUAUUGUGUAAUGUUAAAGUAUCUGAUAUAUCACAAAGUUUUCAUUAAUUUUAUAUCGUAUAUUCAUCAAUUCGUCUCCUAUUGUCCAAUUCUAUGUAACUAUUAAGUAUUAUAAGUUUCCUUAUUAUAUUAUGCUACUUCAAACUGUAUCGCAAAUGUAUAUUAAUCACAACAAAAAUAUAGGCUGUUCUACAUUAGAUUAAAUAUAUAUGUAUACUGAUUAAAUUCUAAUCGGUCAUUUGUUAAA